UGAGGAACGUACUUUUGUCCGCUUGGACAAAAACUUUAACGGACGCUUUAAGAGGAAAACCUCGAAUGCGAACCAUUGUCUGUUUCUGGUUGCAACGAUUUCAAUCCAGUUUUUCCUAAUUGUUGUGGUUUUUACUGAUUUUUCUCGCCGGAGGAAGGGUUGGAUUUAAAGCAAAUUUACAAGUGGUGUCUGUUGCGGAUGAAAGCAUUUCUUGACUUGGUUGCUGGGAACAAUGGAAAACUUUUAACCUCUUCGCCAGUUUUUCCUCGAUUUACCUUUUCCCCAUUUCCAUUAGACAGAGGGAAAUUCGGAAUCAAUUUGUUCUUAAGAUGCAUUAAAAUUAUUGUUCUUAAAUUUUGAACGUGUUGAGUGCCGCGAUUCAUGGAUAUCCAAGUAACACAGAAGUUGGGCAAGUUGGUGUUCGUGUGAAUCGGGAGUUGAGUGCUGGAUUUGUGGCGGCAGAUUCAGGAAUCUGGGAGGUCGGUAGAUGCUGGUGCUUUCUCUGUAAGAAGUAAAUAUGAGUGCCGGUACAGACUCCGUCAAGAUAAGAUAGUUUUGGGUAGUUCGAUGUUAUAAUCAUGCGUUCUAAAGCAAUCGCACGGAGACUUACACAAGGCAGCAGCGGAGACGAGUACGAACCACCUCGAGUCCGACCUCCAUUCUCAUCAGCCCUGGACAUACCAAGUAGUCUUCAAGUGAUACCACUUAGUCCACAUUAUUUAGAUUCAUAUAAAAUGAAUGAUCGCAAUACAUUAGAGCAUGUUGUGCCUGAAAUAUCCCGACUUAGGGAACCUAGUGAAAUUGAUAUUCGAGAGAAUGGUGUCUUUGCAAAAGUACCAAUUCACAGUGAGACGCGAUAUGGUCCGUUUUCAGUGAAGUGUACUAGUGAACCUGCUGAUAAGGAUUUUGCUUGGGAGGUUUUAGCGGGUCCCGACCUUAGAAGUUGGUUGGAGCCCAUGUCCGAUGCGGCGAAAUGGUUGAAGAAAAUUCGUUCGACACAUAAUAGCAAUGAAGUUAACAUCCGGCACUAUGUACUAGGUGGAAAUCUCUGGUAUGCAGUUUGUAGAGAUAUUCCAGCAAAUGGUGAAUUAAUAACCGAACCCAAAGUUCAUCUACAAAUCAGCGAUAUAUUCGGAAAUGCACUGACUGAAGAUCGAAGUGACCGUGAAAGUGGAUCCCAACACAGUGGAACAACCGGUGAAGAUGAUUUCAAUACAUCAAACGAUUUAGAUAAUAAUAUCAUAUCAGAGAGUAAUAGCCGAAGUCGAGAGCAAAGUAGAGAUUCAGAUGAUGAGGAAGUAAUUGAUUAUCGAUGUGUUGUGUGCGAAAGACAAUGUCACGAUAUUGAACAUUUGGACGAUCACCUAAUAGCAGCACAUCAUUAUCCAAAGGACGCGUUCAAGUGCGAGUUAUGUCCGAAGGCUUUUUGCUAUAGACCGACACUAUUGCGACAUCGGGCUCUUGUGCAUGGUGAAUUGAGAAAGUAUCCCUGUGAAAACUGUACAAAGGCGUUUUGUGAUCCAUCGAUUCUACAGCGUCACAUACGGGCGCAUCACGUUGGCGCCAGAAGUCACGCAUGUCCUGAAUGCGGUAAGACGUUCGCGACUUCGUCGGGAUUGAAGCAACAUACGCACAUCCAUUCCUCGGUUAAACCAUUCCAGUGUGAAGUGUGUUUUAAAGCCUAUACGCAAUUUUCAAAUUUGUGCCGUCAUAAACGUAUGCAUGCCGAUUGUCGAAACCAGAUAAAGUGUCAAAAGUGCGGACAGAGUUUCAGUACAACAACUUCACUAGUUAAACAUAAGCGUUUCUGUGAUUCUACAUCGACUGCAUCCUAUCCACAUCAAAGUUUACACCAACAAAUCCAUUCGCAACACCAACAGCAACCCUCAUCACAAGGACUAACCCCACGUAUCCCGGACGCAAUGACAACUCCACCGAAUCCGUUUUUGAUGUUCCCUAAUCCGGCGCAAUUUUUCUCACCCCGAUUUCAUCCAUACAAUAGAUUUCACUGUAUGUUCCCGCCUAGUCCUGCUCAAGCUCCUGCCUUUCCAAUGCUAUUUCCAAAACCAAACUUGGAAAUGCCACUAUCAACAGCUACCAGUGCUGUUGAUAACGGCAGGAUGAGCUCAUCACCUGUGAGAAUACCUUUAGGUGGACAUUAUAGCUCGAGAAAUUCCACCAAUGACGAUGCUAAAUUUGGUAGUCAUCACAGGACAUCGUUAUCAUCCAGGUCUUUGAAUAGUAUUCACCACGGUUCUAACAAAAAUAACAACAGUAGCACCGACAGGAAAUCUGAACUUCUAUCUCCAAGAAGUAGACAUUCACGCAGUCCUGAAGAGUUGUCAUUAAGCGCUAGAAUGGACACAAAAGGUCAUACUUCUUCACAUGAUACAGAUAGUGAAAGCUUCAUCGAUGUAAAGGAAGAAAGGAGUACACCUGAUGAUAAGAAACAUAUUAACGUUACAUCCCCAUCGCCGGAACAACAGCCCACCAGCGAACAACCCCUCGAUCUUUCGCUUGCUCACAAAAGAAAAUCAAUAAGUGAUCCUAAAACCCCAGAGCUCGUGGAAAAACGUGAUCGCACCCCACAAUCAUCAUCUUGUCAGGCAAGCCCAUCGCCAUCAGUGACUCCCGGACCGACUCCAUCGCCAUCUCCCCCAGGACCGUCUGUAGUGUAUCCCACCCCCAACUAUCCAAUGCUUCUAGAUGCAAUCUAUCAACCACCGGGUGGACUUAGUGCAGCACUCCAACCAUUUCCUUUUUUAGGACCUAUGGGCGGGCGGCCAAAUUUUGACCAUGCCGCCGUCUUACGUCGCAAUGGCCACCACUUCCCGCCCAAAUCUUUUCACGAGAGUUUAAUAGCGAGCGGUCUUACUAGUGGAAUGGUUGGUGCAGGCGUCGGUGUGGGCAAACUUAAGGAUCGAUAUACCUGUAAGUUUUGUGGAAAAGUUUUUCCGCGCUCGGCUAACCUUACACGACAUUUACGCACGCAUACAGGCGAGCAGCCAUAUAAGUGCAAGUAUUGUGAGCGGUCGUUUAGCAUCUCCAGUAAUCUGCAACGUCAUGUGCGCAAUAUUCACAACAAGGAACGACCUUUUAGGUGUAACCUUUGUGAUCGCUGCUUCGGACAGCAAACCAACCUCGAUCGUCAUCUGCGUAAACAUGAGGCGGAUGCAAGUGGAUUAGGUUUAGGUGUAGGGGAUUCCCCAAGCUCUAAUGAAGCGGACCGAGAUGACGCUUAUUUCGACGAGAUCCGGUCAUUCAUGGGCAAAGUGACCUAUAAUGGAAUAUACACUCCGGUCAGUCUGCGCGGUGCGGACAAUGAAGCUGAAGACGGAAGUGAUGUCGACAAUGACGUCAUAAAUGAAAAGGAACCACUUAACAACAAUGAUUCAGCUAUCGAGAUUUCGACGUAGAACAGAAUCGAAAGAACUAAAUCGGAACCAUUUCAAAUAUUAGCUGGGCUGCACAUUCUUGCCUUGGAGCAGAAUUAGCUUUCUCUAGAGUUAGCAUUCAGUGGCACCAAAGCGAUUCAGGCUCAUAGCUUGCACUAGAAAAAAUCAAUCAAAUGAAGACUAGUCUUGCCAGAUUUUAAAACACCUCGAACCACGUUCAAAACUUGCAUGGUUUUAAGGCAUGUUUUACUAACUCAUCAAAUUGAAUUCCUUAUGCAGAACCAAACAAAGAUAUUAACCCCAUCAUCAACUUCAAACUACACCAACGAAUUCCUAAGUCUAUUUCUGAUAGUCACCAAUAGUAGUCCAAUAGUAAAUGAGUAUCUAUAAAACUCCAGAAAUUAUAGAUUCAACCUAUUCUGGUAGUUCAGAAAAUCCCACAGAAAAGAAACUAGUCCACUUUUGAGAUUGGUAUAUUGAUCAAUCACUCAUAUGACUAGUCUACAGUUAGUAGAUCCUAAAUCUUUUGUAAAUAAAUAAUCUUUCGAGCACCGACGGCUUUAUAUAAUUUCGAAUUUUCUAUCUUUUGUACAUACCGUUUUAAUUUGUAAAUCGACGUUCAACACUUCAGUUCGAAACAGGCGUUAAGGCUCACGUUGUCAGACGAAACGGAAGGAAAUUAGUUAACAAUCUUAAGAUAUGUAGAUAUAAUAUAAUAAACUUGCCACUUCGUAGAGGACCUUAUCGAAAAGUACUUAAAUCAAUUAAAAACAAUAAAAAAAAAUCAUGUAUUCAUAAAUACACAAAUACUAAAUGAAAAAAAUAAAGCAAAAUGAAUUAGUUUUUAGUGGUCUGUUUUAGGUACAAAUUUUUUAAAUUGGUGAUAUAAACUUACAGUUUUAAAUGCAUAAACGAUUUAAUAUUAUUAUAGUAAAACGUAAUUUGUAAAUUUUUGCUGUUAACCAAAGUUUAAAGUAGUAGGACCUUAAGGAAAGUCUUUUUGAAAAAAAAAAAACAAAACAAAAAUCUGAUUGUAGGUAAUAUUUUUGAGUCACCCCCCAUUGAAACUGUUUUGAUUUCAAUGAAAUGUAAAAAGAUAAAAACGAAAUUAAGAUAAUAAGAACGAUAAAAUAUCAUAAAUAUUAGUGAAAUAAUUUUCCGGGCUAACCUAUCAAAAUUUCGAAGAUACGAAUUAGUUUUAAGUAAAAAGAUAUAUCUAUAAUCUUAUGUUGCAAAAAAAUUUUCCGCUUUACUAGAAAAUUAAAUUUAUUUUCGGUUAGACAAAUGAGUGCAUAGAUUUUAUUUUCAGUUCUUUUCUUUCUUUUGUUUUUCAUUUUGUAGCCAGGAAACGAAGAAUGACAUAUGGAAUGUAUUUAAAUUGUACUUAAUGAAGUUCAUAUAAAAUGUUUUCAUGUUUAUUAUUAUCGCAUUUUUUGUUUAAUCCUUAAGAUUUUGCACUGAUUUUUCUUUUAUUAUUUUUUUUAGUAAUAUUAUUUCGCACGAUUUGUAAUAAGAACCAAACUUAUAAAUAUUAUACAAGAAUCAAUCGAAUUGAGAGGCAAUUUUUCCAAAUGAAUGCAAACGAACUUGUUGCACUUUAUCACAAUCUUCAUCUCUUGGA